AUGGAAGGGAAAACCACCGGACAAUUCAUCACGAACGUGGAAGUAGCCGACACUCCACACCCGUUCACCCGUUCUGAGUCCAGGAGAUGUUGGAAGAAUCUGCUAGCUCUCAGUAUAUCGUUUACUUUCGUUUUUACGUCCUUCAACGCAUUACAGAAUCUAGAAAGUAGCAUCAACGAAUCCGCUGGUCUCGGUGUUACAUCGUUGAGCAUUAUAUAUGGUUGUUUUAUACUUUCCUGUCUGGUAGCGCCCAACGUCGUCACCAGACUGGGCACCAAGCGUACUAUAUUCUACUCCAUGCUAUUCUAUACAAUGUACACCGCCUCCAAUCUGUUUUCCAGUUUCUACACUCUGAUUCCAGCCGCCGCGUGUCUUGGCCUUGCGGCGGGAACGCUGUGGACCUCCCAGGGGUCUUAUCUGACGACCACUGCUCUAAAAUACGCCGAAAUCAAUUGCGAGUCUAAGGAAGUCGUGGUUAAUUAUUUCAAUGGGAUUUUCUUCAUGUUUUUCCUUUCUUCUCAAAUUUGGGGCAAUUUGCUUUCGUCGUACAUGCUCAUUACUGAAGCUUCGGAAAAUAUAUCCGCGGAUCCCGCAUUUUGUGGUACAAACUUUUGCCCGGGUCAAGAACCACCCGGAGUGGCUUCGCUUAUACAACCGCCCAGACCUAUGGAAAAUAAUCUGGUGAACGUGUAUCUGGCAUGUGGUGUGGUUGGUGCAAUAAUUGUGUUGUUUGUGAUGGAUGAACUUCCCAGCUACCACCGUCCACUGGAAGAUACGUCCGCCAGGGCACGACUGACGGUCACUCUCCGAUUACUAGGGGACCACAGCCUCUAUCUCCUGGUGCCUCUGAUGAUGUAUACGGGCGUUGAAAUGGCUUACAUAGCUGGCGAUUUCACACAGGCUUUCAUCAGCUGUUCCUUGGGUGUUCAUUACGUGGGAUACAUUAUGCUGUUCUGCGGCGUCAUGCAGGCCACCGCGUCACUCAUUCUAGGGAGAAUGCGGAAGUACAUCGGAAGGUUUACCCUCUUCAAUCUGGGAGCGAUAAUCCAUUUUGGGCUAUUGGUUUUGAUGUUUUAUUGGGAGCCUCAAGUCGAAGAUCUGAAGCUAUUCUUUGUCGUUGCUGCAAUGUGGGGGUUUGCGGACGCAAUUUGGCAGACUCAAGUCAGCUCUUUGCUUGGAGUGUUAUAUUGCGAGAACCAAGAGGCAGCAUUCUCGAAUUAUAGACUGUGGCAGUCACUCGGAUCGGCGCUUACAUUCGCAUACAGUAACUACCUUUGCACGGGGAUAAAGAUUCAUUUUAACUGUGCCUUACUUAUCGUUUCCAUGGGGAUGUACAUCAUGUUCGAAUUUCGGAACAAACACAUCAGGGCUCUUCGUAUACUGAUGACGUAAUAACGUGGAUGGGAUUGUGUUCGGAUUAUUAAAAGUCGGAUCAAUAUCAUAAUCGAUCUGCUUUAGUGCAAUUUGAAAUGUUCCAGGGAGAAUCGUUUAGUGUAUGACUUUAUGUAACACCAGACUAGCUACUACAUAAAAAUGAAAUAUUUUCGAAAUUGGUGACCUGUUGAAUUUCGAAAUAAAAUGUAAAAAAUAAUCCCCUACUGAAGUAACAGUCCACCUUUAAUGAUUCGAUUCAGUUUAUUCGAUAAGUAACAUUUAAUUGGCUUUCC